CGCCACUAGCUCCCCGCCCCUCGGCGCCCUGCACCAGGCGGGGCCGGGGCCAGACUGCUACUGCCGCUGCUGUAGCAGCAGCAGCCGCUGCUCUGCAGAGCGGGGGCCGGGGCGCCCUCCCUCGCACCUCCUCCCGCCGCUAUGAACCAGGGAAGUCAGGGGGACUGGGUCCUCCUCAACCCCACUCCGGGACCCCCAGUGCCCCCCAACCCCUUCGUGCAUGAGUUACAUCUCUCCCGCCUCCAAAGGGUAAAGUUCUGCCUCCUGGGGACCCUGCUGGCCCCCAUCCGAGUGCUUCUGGCCUUUAUUGUCCUCUUUCUCCUGUGGCCCUUUGCCUGGCUGCAAGUAGCGGGUCUUACUGAGGAGCAGCUCCAGGAGCCAAUUACAGGAUGGAGGAAGACUGUGUGCCACAAUGGGGUGCUGGGCCUGAGCCGUCUGCUCUUUUUCCUGCUGGGUUUCCUUCGGAUUCGUGUUCGAGGACAGCGGGCCUCUCGUCUUCAGGCCCCUGUUCUUGUUGCUGCCCCCCACUCCACUUUCUUUGACCCCAUUGUACUGCUGCCCUGUGACCUGCCCAAGGUUGUGUCCCGAGCUGAGAACCUUUCUGUGCCUGUCAUUGGAGCCCUUCUUCGCUUCAACCAAGCCAUCCUGGUGUCUCGGCAUGACCCAGCUUCUCGGCGUAAAGUAGUAGAGGAGGUCCGAAGACGGACAACCUCAGGAGGCAAGUGGCCCCAGGUCCUGUUCUUUCCAGAGGGCACCUGUUCCAACAAGAAGGCUUUACUUAAGUUCAAACCAGGAGCCUUCAUCGCAGGGGUGCCUGUGCAGCCUGUCCUCAUCCGCUACCCCAACAGUCUGGACACCACUAGCUGGGCAUGGAGGGGUCCUGGAGUACUCAAAGUCCUCUGGCUCACAGCCUCUCAGCCCUGCAGCAUCGUGGAUGUAGAGUUCCUCCCUGUGUACCACCCCAGCCCUGAGGAGAGCAGGGACCCCACCCUCUAUGCCAACAAUGUACAGAGGGUCAUGGCACAGGCCCUGGGCAUUCCAGCCACUGAAUGUGAGUUUGUAGGAAACCUGCCAGUGAUUGUGGUAGGUCGGCUGAAGGUGGCAUUGGAGCCGCAGCUCUGGGAACUGGGAAAGGUGCUUCGGAAGGCUGGACUAUCCCCUGGCUGUGUGGACGCUGGGGCAGAGCCAGGACGAAGUCGAAUGAUCAGCCAGGAAGAGUUUGCUAGACAGCUCCAGCUCUCUGAUGCUCAUACGGUGGCCGGUGCCUUUAGCUACUUCCAGCAGGAUGCCAAGGGUUUGGUGGACUUCCGAGAUGUGGCCCUUGCACUGGCAGCUCUGGAUGGGGGCAGGAGCCUGGAGGAGCUGACCCGCCUGGCCUUUGAGCUAUUUGCCGAGGAGCAAGCUGAGGGACCCAGCCGCCUUCUGUACAAGGACGGCUUCAGCACCAUCCUGCACCUGCUGCUGGGUUCACCCCGCCCUGCUGCCGUGACUUUGCAUGCUGAGCUGUGCCAGGUGGAGCCCAGCCAAGGCCUGUCUCUCUGUCAGUUCCAGAACUUCUCGCUCCAUGACCCACUCUAUGGGAAGCUCUUCAGCACCUACCUGCGGCCCCCCCACAGCCCUCGAGGCACUUGCCAGAUACCAAAUGCUUCAUCCCCAGGCCACCCCACCGCUCUGGCCAAUGGGACCCUGCAAGCGCCCAAGCAGAAGGGCGACUGAGCACCUCAUCUCUUCUCACCUUUCCUCCCCAGCUCACAUCUGGCCCCGCAGACUCAGGGCAGCGCCAGGGGCCAACCCUAUGCCUCAGCCCCAUCUCUGCUCCUGUUUGAUUUUUUGUUGUUGUUGUUGUUUUUUUAAGUUGUUUUUUUUUUU